GAUCUCUGAAUUGAAGUUCAACUUUCGCAAUUACCCCUUGUAAAGUUCUAGAACAUAGAUAUCAGUUUUUGGUUAUUUUUUCGAAAAUUGAAGUCCGUCAAAACUCCAGAACCUUCUUCUUAAAACCCUAAUAAAAACUUCUGAGUAUCACAAACUUAAUCACAUAGUUUCAGUGGUGCUAAGCAGAGAAAAGAAGAAAUGGCAGAAGAAUUAACGCUAGACUUGGAAGAGCUUCACCACCUUCAAAGUAUAGCUAAGAGGCCUCGAAUUCUCUCUAUGAUCUCUUCCGAAAUUCGCAACCUAGAGACGGAAAAGCAGCUCUUGAAGGAUGUUGACUCACAACCUACUGCACAAACUUCAGAUCCUUCUCCAACUCCAGCUGCUCCAACACCAACUCCAACUCCAGCUGCUCCAGCUCCAACUCCAACUCCAGCUGCUCCAGCUCCAACUCUUUUGGCUAAGGGUUUAUCAAUUCCUGCAUUGAACUAUGCCACUCUUAGUUCAUUCAGUUGGGAUCAAGAUGAUGAGAAAGUCAAGAUCUAUGUCUCUUUAGAGGGUGUUGAUCAAGAGAAAGUCGAGACCAUAUUCAAGAAAAUGUCUGUAGAUCUAAAAUUCCAUGACGUGCAAGGAAAAAAUUACCGGUGCGCAAUACCAAAAUUGAACAAGGAAAUUGUGCCUGAGAAAUCUAAGGUGUUGGUUAAGCCUAAAAGAGUUGUCGUCACUCUAUAUAAAGCUUCUAAAGGGAACUGGUUAGAUUUGCAUUUCAAAGAAGAUAAGCUUAAGCCUGGACUUGAGAAAGAGCGUGAUCCCAUGGCUGGAAUUAUGGACUUGAUGAAGAAUAUGUACGAGGAAGGAGAUGAGGACAUGAAGAGAACAAUUGCCAAAGCUUGGACUGAUGCUAGGUCUGGGAAGUCUGCUGACCCUAUGAAUGCGUACCGUUGAGAAUAGAUACUGUAGCUUCCUGGAUCCUAGGUUUUUUUAUUCAUUUCCCCAAAGGUUAGGUUCCUGGGUCGAUUACUGGUUGAAAAUUGUGUUUUCUUUGUCUUUCCUUGGUUGUGGGGCUUUUGGUGUUCACUCCUAUGAUGUUUAGAGACUAUUACAUACAAAUCAAAUACUGUUCUUAUCAAGUUGUUGUGCAAAGAAGAAUUUUAUAGUUUUAUGAUAUUUAUACC